UAGCACAGCCGCGCCGUCCUUGUUGGAAGCAGUGCUGGGACAGGCUUGUGUAAGUUGACCAAUCAGAGGAGACUGCAUACUUGAGAGGUGGGGGCCUUAAAACAGACUUUCAGACAGAGUAGGAGGAAACUGAGGUGUUUUUGAGCACUAAAGCAUGUUAACCUACUUCAGUGGUAACCCAAAACAGAGGCAGUUCAUUAUUAUUAUUAUUAUUAUUAUUAUUAUUAUUAUUAUUAUUAUUAUUAUUAUUAUUAUUAUUAUUAUUGACUGGUUUAUUUGGCCCAGUGCAGUCAUUAUAAAUGGAGGAAGGGACUCUAAAGUGAUAGACAACACCUCUGUGGCUCAGUGUGUGCAGCAGAUAUCUUAAUCAGAUCCCAGUAAUCAGCUCAGUCUACCGCACUGAUAAUGAUCAUGUGGCCCUGAGGUCAGACACGUGGCCCCUGGGCAGGCGCAGGGCGGCGCAGCGUGCUGAUGUAACAGCACAGCAGGGACCGUCACACCAGGGGAGAACAGGAAGUUUCACCGGGAGAAGCUGUCGGUCGGAGCGAGGCAAAGACCCACGCUCCGUGUGUGUUUGUCAGUAUGACAGGUUUGUGACUGAAGGACAUUGACGAUCACCAUCAGCAGCUCCAGAGGGACGCUCACUUCCUGUGCUCAGACCAGAGGAUGGACACUGAGCUGGUCGACACACUGGUGCUGCAGCUCAACAGGAUCUACCCCCAGAUACUCAGCGACAAGGAAGCCCACAGGUUCAGGAACCUGAGCGUGCCCACCAAGGUGCGGUUAGCUGAGCUGCUGAAGCACCUGCAUGGGAAGGGAGAGGAGGCAUGUCACGAAUUCUACAGAGGACUUCACAUCCACGCUGAGGACGUUUACUCCAGUCUGCCCUCCAGAGUCAUACAGAGAGACAUGGAAGAUCCAAAAUGGACGUACAAUGUGGAAAUCUGCCCGGAGCGAUACAUGCUUAAUGACAGAGGAACAUUGUUCUUCCUGAGCUGUUUCAGUUUCAUAGCUUGUAUUGCAAUGCUCUACUAUUACAGAGAGGGUGAGACGCUGAGAUGCACCGGCCCGUUUCUUCACUGCUCUGCGGCAAGACUUAGUAAAGAUGUUUUAAUUUCCUAUGCUGAGGUUGGAAAACAGUAAAAGUGGGGCUGGUAAGGUGAAGAACAAGCCCUGGUGAGAAGGACAAGCCAUGACAUUUUCCACACUGCUGUGCCAUACUCAUAUUCUACUUGAGAGCUAGAGACUUUUUUUUUCUAAAAUGUAAGCACAAACUGACUUGCUGUAUGUACUGUUCCAGCAUAAUUCUUGUAUGUAUGAGUCUUACAUGGAUUCAUUUUACGUGCUGAACCAGAGUCCUGUAGAGAGUGCAGACGGAGUCACAGCAACGGAAGUACAAAAUGCCGAUCGUCACGAGAUUGACUGAGACUUCCGAUAGUUCCAGGGAGUUCUAAGUGGACAAUUUGUGAAGACAUAGAAGUACAAUGCUUGGCAGUUUGUAGUUACAACACGAUAAACUGAGUGAUUGAUUUAAUGUGCUGGGCUGCUAGUAUUUGCAGCCGACUUUUGUGAAGUGUUGUGAGGCUCAACAAUCCACCAUUGCUUCUUUAAAAAAAAAGGAAAAAGUUGGAGUAAAUGGAAACGACGCGACUCUCUCUACUCAAAGCCAACAGGAAGUUGGGGGAACUAUCAAUCAAGUGCAGUUCGUACACAUCCACUCUAUCCUGAGAGGAAGUGUAAUUGGGCAACUGAAGUGAAAGCACCUGUGUUGGGGUGCAGGGACAUGGGCUGUGGUCCACUUUCAAAAACACCGUGACCUAAAUCUUUUCCUGGAUGCUUUCCUUCAACCUUGAUGAAAAACUUCAUGAGGUCAAGACAACUGCAACCAACUGCACUGAAACCAGGACUGCAAGGAGAGGAUAACAGAUGAGAGGCAGACGGAUUUGCUAUUUGGUAAGAAAUCUUCAAGUGCUGUUCCAUUGGGAGUUUCCGAGCUGUCUUGAAGGCAGCAUUGGGAUACUUUGUAAUUUCACUCUGUUAGGAACCUUCCUAAACGGCAAAGACUAUCCGACUGCAGCCCCGCUCACUCGAAUUUGACUUUUUGAGUUACGAUGUUCAACUUUUGCUCAAAUAAAGCACAA